CCCGGUUGCACUGAUUGGCACAGUUGGCUGUGUGUCGGUCGGUGAGACGGUGGCUGACGCGCUGGUCGGACGGCUCAAGGUGCACGGGGAGGCGGGAGGACACGCCGCGCAGGGAGGACGCACUCGGGAGGACGCGAGAGGACACGCGAGUGCGGGCCAAUAUAAGAAAAACGGUCGGAUUCUAAACAGAUAGUAUGAAGCUGCGGUGUGUCGUCCUAGCUGCCCUGCUCACAGUAGUGGCAGCAGACUAUUUAGAAAACAACGGCUAUUACGAACAGCCUGCGGCGCCCAGCCAGUACUACGGCUACCAGAGGAGGCGCAGCGCAGGCGGAGGACUGGCCGGGUUCGUGCGCCGUCUGUUUGGUCGUGGUGAUGUUCGUCGUCAGUUCACCGGCACGGGAGCCACCGGGGGAGGAGGUGUCCUCGGAGCCGACUCUCUGGGGUCGAUCCUGCUCCCGAUUGUGCUGGUGGGGCUCGGUGGCGCCGCCCUGGUGGCCGCAGUCGGCAGUCUUGACCUCAACUCGUCCGGCCGUGGCCUGGACACGGACGAGUGGGAGGUGGACCACUCGGUCUGGAUGAACCAGCUACAGAAGGACUUCGAGGAUUCGUGGAGCACCGAGUAAGCUUCUGUGUGCGCAGAUGAACGUUCGGCGACCGAUUGGCGGCAGUUAGUCGCGUUGGCUCACGUGCGUCGCCUUUUGUUACUUGUUGUGUUACCUGUGUGGAUGUUGUCAUCGAAAAACUACGCCGAUUGGCGUGUAUUUUCAUGAGUGAUGUUUCCGUGUGUGGCUCCAACAAGUUUAACAUGUUAUGUAUGGUCUUGCCUAACUGUCACAAUCAAGUCAUUGUCUUUCCUAUAGAUAUUUAUUUCCUAAACAUGACAUGAUAACUUCAAGUCUGCCUGUCAGGCACCGCACUGUUUAUUUUAAGUCGCUUGCGCUUUCCUUUUAUGAAGGAAACAGGCAAAACUAAUUUGUGAAAAUGCUUUCCAUCAUUUGUUAUGAAAUGUCCCUAAUUUACUCCAUCGUCCGCAUAUUUUUUACCUUUGCAAUUGAAACAUAGGUACUGAUGCAAUUUUAUGUUUCUUUUUUCUCCGAUAUCCUUGGCUCUGAUGUGAGCAUAUUCGCAUUCAAGCCGUCUUCUAUGUCUUUCCAUUGGUUGAUCUUAUUGUUUUCUUAUAUUUUUAUUUGAGCUUUCCAACAUAAAUUGUUUUGUACUUCAUCGGACAUAGUACCCAGUCCACACAAAAAGUACUCAUACAUCCUUCGGACGAAAUUAUGAAUUGAUGGCAUGCAUUCUAGUCGCUUUUUAUUUCCUUCUAGGAACCACAUGACAGAUAACACCAACCGCUUUUAUUUCUUCUGCAUCGCUUUGUCAUGACACAAUAUCUUGUAUGAUACCUGCUUACGCUUGUUAUUGUUGCAAUAUCGCGAUGCCUGAAGAACUGUUGAUUGUUUUAGUUAGACAUGCUGUCGGCUUGUUGAGCAUGGAGCGAUGACUUUUGUGUUCAUAAUCUGUCUUCCUUUUUUUGCGAUGUGUGCACUGUCGUAUCGCUUACGUUUGAAAAAAAAAAAAACAAGUAACGGAAAAUGUCAGGUCGCCAUACGCAUUACUCGAUUUCCAGUCAAAUGUACAAUAUGCUUGACAUAAACAGGACAUUUAUCAAGUUUUUGUGUGUCGCACAUCGCUUGUUCGAAGCCCGUACACUCGCGUCACACGCUAUUUAUUGCUGGUCAUGAAUACAACAGGUUGACUG